GAGAGAUGUAAGGCUAGAGGGACGCUGCAUGGAGGCUUUGCUAUGGUAUCCAGAAGAAAUGCCACUUUAAGCAGUUACUUAACACUGGAGUUCUUGCCUUACGCCAUCUACAGCCAUGCCCUUUUCUGACUUUGUCUUGGCCCUCAAAGACAAUCCAUAUUUUGGAGCAGGCUUUGGCCUGGUAGGUAUAGGCACGGCGAUGGCCCUGGCCCGUAAGGGGGCCCAGUUUGGCAUGGUGGCUUUCAGGCGGCAUUACAUGAUCACUCUGGAGGUGCCAAGCAAGGACAAGAGCUACCACUGGCUGUUGAGCUGGAUCUCCCAUCAUGCAAAGCACACCCAGCACCUGAGUGUGGAGACAUCUUACCUGCAACAUGAGAGUGGCCGUGUCAGUACCAAGUUUGACUUUAUCCCCAGCCCCGGGAACCACUUCAUUUGGUAUCAAAGGAAGUGGAUCCGCAUAGAACGGAACCGGGAGAAACAAAUGAUUGACCUGCACACAGGCACCCCCUGGGAGUCCGUCACCUUCACAGCCAUUGGCAGCAAGCGAGAGAUUUUCUUCAACAUCCUGCAGGAAGCCAGAGAAUUGGCUCUGAGGGAGCAAGAAGGAAAGACAGUCAUGUACACAGCCAUGGGUGCCGAAUGGCGGCCGUUCGGCUUCCCACGGCGACGGCGCCCACUCACCUCUGUGGUGCUUGAGGAAGGAGUGUCGGAGAGGAUUGUGCAGGACGUGAAAGAGUUCAUUGGUAACCCCAAGUGGUACAUUGAUCGAGGAAUCCCCUAUCGGAGAGGGUACCUUCUCUUUGGGCCCCCAGGCUGUGGCAAGAGCAGUUUCAUCACAGCCCUCGCUGGAGAAUUGCAAUACAGCAUCUGUCUGCUGAGCCUGAGUGACCGCAGCCUCUCGGACGAUCGCCUCAACCACCUGCUGAGCGUAGCACCCCAACAGACCAUCAUCCUACUGGAAGAUGUGGACGCCGCCUUUGUCAGUCGGGACCUUGCUGCUGAAAACCCCAGUGCAUACCAAGGCAUGGGACGGCUGACCUUCAGUGGCCUUCUCAAUGCACUGGAUGGUGUCGCUUCCUCUGAAGCUAGGAUAGUAUUUAUGACCACCAACCAUGUGGACAGGCUGGAUCCAGCCCUAGUUCGUCCUGGCCGAGUAGAUCUGAAGCAAUAUGUGGGCCACUGCUCGCAAUGGCAGGUCGGACGCAUGUUCCAGAGGUUCUAUCCGGACCAGCCAGCAGCGGUGGCUGAACAGUUCGCUAAACAAGCUCUGUCUGUUUCUGACCAGAUCAGUGCUGCUCAAGUGCAAGGCCAUUUCAUGCUAUACAAGGCAGAUCCAGACGGGGCCAUUGAGAAUGUGCAGACUCUUGUAUCCUGACGACGACACAAGCACUGAGAAAACUUUACACGCGGCGUUCGUGGGGGAGGCGUGCUGUUGCGUGGGCUAUUCAUGGGGGGCACGCUAAGCAUGAGGAUGCUGCUGUCUGUGUAUCUACCUCAGUGAGGUUGGGUUUUUGCAAAUAAAUAAAUUAAACCAC